GAACCCAAACCAACCACAAAAACACAACAUAACCAUUCUCCUUAAUUUUUUAUCCACCAUUCUCUUUAGAAAAAAAAAAGCACCAACCAUUCAUCAACCAUGCCUACAAUUUCAAGAAGAAAAACAAAACAAGCCAAGAAAAAAACCAAACCUUUGAAUCUGCCCAACCAACAUUCUUCAACUACUGUUCAACUUCAAACAAAAGGUCCUUUUGUGUCUGAGAAUCGUAGCGAAAUGGAGGGAAAUUUUAAUGGAGUUUUGCAUGACACGCGAAAAGUUGAAGAUGAAUCGUCGAGUGAAGAUAAAGAGGUGGCGGUUGAAGUAUUUGAUGAUGAUGUUUAUGAUGGAAAAUCUAAGUGUGUUAGUGAUGAACAUGUUGAGUCAUGCAAGGUGGUGGAAGAGGAAGAAGAUGUUUCUGAAAGGGUUGGUGAGUCUCUUGAAUCGAGUGACGCAAUAGAAGCUGAUCGAGUUGAGGAUAUUGAGGACUCGGAAACUGUUAAGUUGGAAUUUAAGAAAGAGAAAGUUGAAGAUGAUGAUGUGGUGGAGGAAAAUGAAGGACUGAGGGAAAGUGAAGUGGUUGAAACGGUUAGAGAUGUGACGGUUGGUGAAGAUGAGAAUGUUUUGUCUACUUUGCCUUCAUUGGAUGUGGUUUCGGUUUCGAGGGAAUCUGAUGAUGUUGUUGAAAAGGUUAUUUCUCCAAAGGGAGUUGAGGAACCUUUGGUGAAAUCUACAUAUGAGGAAGAUGAGGAGCAAUUAGAUGUUCAAGAGUCAUCAUCAGCUUAUGAAAGUGCUAAGGAGUCUUUUCAACCAUCUUCAAAUGUUCCUAGUGUCAAUGAACAAGAAGAGUCGUCGGCUUAUGAAAGCGCGAAGGAGUCUCUUCAACCAUCUUCAAAUGUUCAUGAUUCUGAAAACAAUAGUGUCAAUGAGCAAGACAGGGUUGAAGAAUCUAGAGGCAUUGAAAAUCAAGGGAGCAUUUUUUCAGUGACUCAAAGGCAACCCUCCUCUUGGAAGAAUUGCUGUGGACUCUUGGAAGUUUUGAGGCAUGGGGAUAGAUGAUUCCAUUUGAGAUUGAGAGCUUCAAAGAGGAGGAUGUUGGUUCUUGCGCUAAGGUUGAUUGAGGCACUGCAAGUCACAUGGUGUGAUGGCACCCUUUUAUAGCAGAGUAUUUGUUUUUAUAUGUAUACGUUGAUUCUGAGGCAUGUUAUUUUAUGUUUUCUUGUUGGCUUUAUUGUUUGAUUUGCUUCCAGAGCGGUGAGAUUGUCCCAUAUCAGAUUUAAAGUUUUCAUUCAAGUUUUCAUAUUGUAAACUUUCAUAAACUUGAGUUAAUAGUCCAAAGUUAUUUAACAGACACA